GUAGAUCUUAAUCUUUUAUCAUUUAUCUACAAAAAUGCUUUUAUAUAAGCAAACAGGAUAUGACUGCUCAGUGUGGUCACAGUGGUGUGGUUAACGUUCAGCCUCUUAAAGUACUGGUACACAACGGUGCAGUCCACACACCGGAGACAUACACAGUUUGAUUCUAAAAGACCGACAAUGUGCAAGGGGAACAGCACAGGAAGUGAUUCUGUGAGGAUCAGAAGAUACAAAAAAGCUACGGUGUAUUUGGUGCUUCAGUGUGUUCUUCUGUUGGAGGCCAUUAUUUUGCUGAUUACUGAACACAGAACUAAGAGUAACAAGUUUGAAAACAGUGAGGAAGACUUCAAUAAAACAAAAAUGAAGCUACUUUCUGAUAUUCAUGACAUGUUAAAUGAAAAGGUCAAAUUCGAAAAUGAGAUUAAGGAAAUUAUCCCAAAAAACCUCCAGUUAACUGAGGGGAACAAACUGCUGUCAAAACAUCUUCGUGAAAUGGAUGGAUGGAGGUGUUAUCAAUCCAAUCUAUACUACAUUUCCUCUGAAGAGAAAAACUGGAGUGAAAGCAAACAAGACUGUUCGAAGAGAGGAGCAAAUCUGACUAUUAUAAACAGCAACGAAGAACAAGAUUUUUUUAAAACUCACGACGAUGUCUGGAUUGGUCUAAAUAAUAUGGAGGGAACAUGGAAAUGGGUUGAUGGCAGCCCACUGACCUUGAGCUUCUGGGCUUCUAGAGAGCCCGAUGGAGCAAAGGAGUGUGUUGUGACUUCAAAGAGUCCUGAAAAAUCAGAGUGGAAGACACCUCCUUGUAGUUCUACUUUUAAGUGGACCUGUGAAAGAGAACCAUCUAAUAAAAUAAAAAAUCUUGUCAUUGAUUUUGUGAAGAAAAUAUCAGCUAAUGCUAAUGUCUGGAUUGGUUUGACUGACAGUGAAGUGGAGGGCAGAUGGAAAUGGGUUGAUGGAAGCACACUGACCUCUGGGUUCUGGGAUCCUCGAGAACCCAAUGGACAUAGAGGAGAGAACUGUGCUCUGACUUAUUCACCAGGAUGGGCUGAUUAUGCAUGUAGUGAUCUUUUUCAAUGGAUCUGUGAAAAGAGCAUUUUAAAAUAAGUCAUCACAUGAACUGCAGGUUCAUGUAAUAAGAUACAUAUGGGUACAUUUUCCCCUUAGAAUAGCUUUAUUAAAACUGCUCCUGCUAAAACACAGGUUUCUUUUUCCCUCCAUACAGAAUAUAAUGAUAUACAACACCAAACAGUGAAAUGAAAGUGCAAAUACACUAGGGCUGUAGCUAUCGAAUAUUUUAGUAAUCGAGUAUUCUACCAAAAAUUCCAUAG